CAUGCGUGGUCCUCCCGCUUCAAGAGUUCAUAUACUCCGGACGAUUGAUUGUAGUUCAUGUGAAAGCAGGGUUUGAGGAGUUUGGUGUUGUAAGGUGAAUUGAUUCUCUGGAGUAUUGGAUCUGCAGUCUUUCCUUCAUAGGUGUUCAUCUCCAAGCAAAGGACCUCAAGCAAGACCAAGAGAAUGUUCGAUAUAUUAUUUGUGAUGAUAUUUGGAUUGUCAGGGCGUGUUCUGACUAAAGACACAGACACAAAAGGGAGGUUCAGUUCUCCAGUGUUGGAUGUUACUGAAAAGCAGCUUAUUAUAGAGAGAAAUCAGACACUUCAGCUAAACUGCAGGGGACGGUGGGAGCUCCAGUGGGUUUUGCCAUCAGGCGUCCCGAAAGUCUUCCACGGCACCCAGAUAGAAGAGACUCGAUGCGGGAAGAAAAAUAACCAUUACUGCAGCCGCCUGAUUCUCAGUCCUUCUUUAGCUCAACACACUGGCUCUUAUCGCUGCAGGUACCGCCAAAAGCAUCGCAAACAGGCCUCUGUGUACGUCUACAUCACAGAUAGCCAGCGGCCGUUUGUAAAGGUGCAGUCGGAGAUCCCAGAUGUGGUGUACAUGAAGGAGGGAGAGCUGUUGGUCUUCCCCUGCAGAGUCACAAACCCGGGUGCCAAUGUUUCGUUGGUCAAGGUGAGUGUCUCAACUGUGACUCCUGAUUAUAGAAACAUCAUCUGGAACAGCAGGCAAGGUUUCACUAUCCGUAGUCCCACAUUCUUCUACAUCGGGCUAUUUUCCUGUGAAACUAUUGUCAAUGGAGUCAAAUAUAGCAACAGGUUCUUGACUCACAGGCCAGUGAAUAAAAUCCUGGAUGUGUAUUUGAACAGCACGGGAUUGGUCCACACGUUACAGGGCCAGAUGUUAGCACUGAACUGCACCGUUACAGCUGAAUGGAACGCCAGGGUGUCCAUUAGCUGGACAUACCCUCAAAAGGCUAAUGGAUCUGCCACUAUCAUCAGACGCAUAUCAAGGAGCAGAACCAACAUGCUGUUCUACAGUGUUCUUACCAUCCCCAGACUGAGCAAAGCAGACAGAGGACUUUACAAAUGUCAUGUAACAAGUGGUCCAUCCAAGAGAGAAACAAAUACCACAGUUAUUGUCUAUAACCAGCCUUUCAUUCAACUCAAGCACAGAGAUGGCCCUGUGGUUCAGGCUUCUGCAGGACAGAAAUCUUUCCGUCUUACUCCAAAACUAAGGGCUUUCCCUGCACCUGAAGUCAUCUGGUUGAAGGAUGGGAUGGUUGCUGCCGAACAGUGCUCCCGUUACCAUGUAGACAGGUUUUCUCUGGUCAUUCGGGAUGUUGCUGAAGAGGAUGCAGGAAUCUAUACCAUCCUUACUGGCAUCCAGCAGUAUGGACUUUUCCAGAACCUCACACUCACAUUGGUGGUAAAUGUGAAGCCACAGAUUGGAGAAAAGACUGUUUCCUCUCGGCAACCUGGGACUGUCCAGCGAGGCAGCAGACAAGCCCUGCAUUGCACCUCUCACGGUGUCCCACCACCUCAAAUCCAGUGGCUCUGGCAUCCGUGCCCUCCAAAAGGCCUAUGCGAGAAGCCUCCUCCUUCGUCCUGGACUGCAGUCAGCGAGAAGACAGAAGUCACGUCCACCCACAAUCCCAUCCUGACCGUCAGCCACAGACAGGAAGUGUUAGAAGGGAAGAAUAAGACUGUAGGAGUUCUGACAGUUGGCAAAGCAUUUAUAUCUGGCCUAUAUCGCUGUGUUGCAUCAAACUUAAUGGGCAGAGAUGAACUAGACAUCCAUUUCUAUGUCACAGAUGUCAAAGGAGGCCUUAUCGUAUCUUUGGAGGAAGAACCCAGAGAAGGAGAGGACCUUCGUCUGGUCUGUAUAGCCAAUAGGCACCUCUAUUCAGACCUGUCAUGGUAUAGAUUAACAAAUCAACCCACAACAUCAGAGGGAGCUUCAGUUCUCGGCGGGGAGCUCACAGAAGGGCAGUUCUCUCACACACUGUACCUUCUGCUGAAGAAUGUGACCUCACAGGAUUCGGGAACAUACCGCUGUUCCGCCACACACCUGCUUACAGGAGAACAUACACACCUAGAUACAGCAGUGGAGAUCACAGGUGUGUCUUUAAGAGUCAUUGUGCUCAACACACACAUACAUUCAUGCUUCCUUAAAGGGAUUGUUUAUUCAAACAUGAACAUUCUGUCAUCAUUUACUCACCCUUUUGUUGUUCCAGACCUGUAUGACUUUCUUUGUUGCAUGGAACACAAUAUGGAUAUUUAGCGAAAAUCCUGGCUGCUCUUUUCCAUAGAAUUAAAUACGG